AUGGGACGUUUAGUUGGCAUGAUGCUUAUGCAAAUGCCAGUAGAAGAUUCAUUUUGGUUACUCGUAGCAACCAUAGAAAAAUAUAUGGUUGGAUAUUUUACACCUAAUUUGACUCAAAUUAGAAUAAAUUCCGUUAUAUUUGAACAACUUUUAAUCGAAAAUUAUCCCAAACUAGCACAACAUUUGGCUGAAAAUGAUGUAAUUCCACUCAUAUACGUUACUCAAUGGGUGUGA